AUGAGCAGCUUAUUUGAUAACCCUGGAGUCAAAGACCUAAUGGCUUGGCUUGCGGUAGGCAUGCGUUGUUAUUUUAAAUAUAAGCUAGCAGAUGAAUUUGAACCGUUUGGAGAAGUUAUGAGACCUGGUGUCUGGCGUUCUAUGACGGACUUCAUGAAUGCAGCAGAGGCCUGGAACCAAUGGCCGGUAAGGAGCACAUUUACCGCCCGUAUGAUUUUUCGUACUUUCAGACCAAAGCCCGCUGCAAAUAAUAGGCGCAUCGGCCGGCUUCGCCACAUGUUGCAUAGAAACCAUGACCUACCCAGCCUUCCAGCAGGUCUUGUUCCGGAGCCAGUACUGCAAGAGCUGCCGAAAUACGGCCGUGGUAAUUUCUCAGUUUCUUAUGUAGAUAAUGCUACUAACGCGUGGAAUCGGCUUAUCGAUGCUCAAAUUCCUGGAGGAAUUAGUGCAGGCACUACGGUACUUCCUAGGGGAGAUAAUGCAAGCGACGCGGUAGAUCCUUGGGAAGGCGAUGCAAGUAGUGUAGUAGUUCCUUGGGAAGAUGAUACAAGCGGCGCGGUAGUUCAUUGGAAGGCAAUGCAAUCCGUACGUAGAAUCAGGGCGCUGAUGAAAAUGUUCUCGCUCCGACGCUUCGGGACUGCGUGGUGA